UCGAACAGCGCAGCCCCUCAGGGUGAAGCUCAUCGACUUCACAUUGGCUUUUCCAACUUGUAGGGCUGAUGAGGAGAGGAACAAGACUCAUCAAGCUAUGGGCUACAGGGCUCCAGAAAUUUUUUUGGGAUUGCCGUUUUCAGAGGCCAUUGACAUGUGGUCUUUAGGAGCUGUGAUGUUGACACUGGUUUGUGGUUAUGGGCCCCUCUGGACAUCAAGUAAAUAUGAAACAAUCAGACGGAUAGUGGAAUGGCUGGGUGCACCUCCAGACCAUCUUUUGGACGUUGGCAUGAAGACGGAAAAAUAUUUUUUAAGAGAAGACUCUGGCCACUGGAGAUUGAAGACACAUUAUGAGCACUGCGUAGAAGUCAUAGUUCCCAAGAUCUGCAUGCUGUUGAAUUCCCAGGAUGGACGCCAUUUGGAAAACUUGCUACAGAAGAACAUAAAUACGGUGGAGGAGGAUGAAAAGAGUCAAUGCAUCAACCUGGUGAAGGCAAUGCUUCGGGUGGAUCCCAAUGAAAGGAUCACCCCCACUGAUGUCCUUGCCCAUCCGUUUAUAACAAGGGGCACCCUCCACAUAGGAAGGAAGGAGGAAGGAAGAGAAAACGUGGAAAAGGAAUCGGAGUCCAAAACCUUGACAACUGGACCCUUUGAAGUACCUCCUGGUGUCAUACUUGUCAAGCCAUCACCAACAACUUGUAUCCUGACUUUAGACGGAUUGGAGUCCAAGACUUUCACAAAUGAGACCCCUGGGACACCUUCAGCACCACCAAGUGUUCCCUUCGUCCAGGCUCCAUGUGAAUCCUCUGGAGCACCGUCAGCAUAUGAAGAAUGCUCAAGUGUCACCAGUGGAUUUCAUGGAUCAGUGUCGGAGACAUCACCCCCAGGUGUGAUCCUGGUGCAGCCUGCUCCAGCUGAAUGCUGCCUGCAGGGGGACGAGGACAGCAGGCAGAGUGAUUCUUGCCCGGUGGACUGUCUGGAGAACGUCUGUGAAAAUGGACCAGUGGAGCCCUCUAGCCUUUUAGCAACGGACUGUAACGUGGAACAGGAACUCGCUGCCACAACAUCUGACGGCACAGCGCCUGAGGAGACGCAGCAGAAGAAGAAGAAGAGGAAAAACUGCUUCAAGCGCUUCUUAGCCUGGACUUAAGAGGACAUUCUGCUGCUGUCUGACUGUCAACGUUGAAGAGGACUGAAUUAUGCUAUGAAGGUUUUCCAGCACAACACCUUGCUGGAUGGAUUUCACACAGGAAAUGUACAGAGUAUGCAUGUGAUAUGGUACGCUCUGUCGAUAGACCUGUGGGAAAUCAGUGUCAGCUGUCUGGUGUUGUGCUGUAAAAACUUGGGUAACACUUUACUUGAAGGAGUGUGCAUAAGACUGACAUGACAGCAUCAUGAACAUGAAGGAGUCUUUGUCAAAUAUGUCAUUUUGAAUGUAAAAUGAAUUGUUUUAAAUGCCUCUGUUGUGAAAACUUGACAUUAAACAAAACUUUGCAUUCAAAAUGACAUAACUGACCAAAUGACACUCAGUGAUGAGGUUGUAUGUCAUGGUUAUGUUGGUGUCAUGUCAGUCUUAUGCACACCUCUUAAAGUAAAGUGGUACCAAAGCUUCAUAGUCAUUGAGGGCAGCACGGUGGCUCAGUGUUCAGCACUGUGGCCUCACAGAAAGCUCCUGACAUGUGUUCUCUCUGUGUGGAGUUUGCAUGCUCUCCCCGUGUCAGCAUGGGUUUUCUCCGGGUGAUCCGGUUUCCUCCCACUGUCCACAAAACAUGCAGAUUAAUUGGUGACUACAAAUUGACACUUAAUUCGAUCUAAUUCGGCAAAAUCUAAUCAAUCGAUCAAUAAACAAUUAGAGAUAAAAUUACAAAUCUGUGUCAUGACUUGUAAAUGAAUGAGGGAAACACUAAUAUAUUCUUCUGUAUACCUGUCAUUUAGUGCCAGGAAUCAUUUUAAUGUAGACAAGAUUUUGUAUAGAAUCAUUUUAUCA